AUGGCAGUUCUUACCCAGUACAGUUGGAUCAUUGCUUUGAUAUCCAUCGCUUUCUGCUUCAGUGCAUUCGGUAACGGAGCCAACGAUGUUGCCAACAGCUAUGCUACAUCGGUGGCUGCCAGGACGCUCACGAUGCCCCAGGUCGGCUUCCUGUCGGCGAUUACUGAGUUCGUUGGAGCUGUGGCUUUGGGAGCUCGAGUGACCGGCACUAUCAAGAACGGCAUCAUCAACCUGGACCGCUUCGUUGCAACGCCUGCAACCCUCAUCCUGAUUAUGGGUUGCGCUGAAACGGCCUCGGCGACGUGGUUAAUGGUUGCCACCAGGUUUGGUUUCCCCGUUUCAACCACUCAGACGAUAGUUGGGGCUCUUGUCGGAUCGGGCAUCGCUUGUCAGGCCAAAAUCAAAUGGGGUUGGGCCAGCGGCAGUGUCUCGCAAAUCGCUGCCUCCUGGGGCAUUGCUCCUAUGAUCGCGGCUGGUUUCUCCGCGAUUCUCUUUGCAACCCUCAAGUACGGCGUUCUUGAGCGCAAGGACUCCUUCAAAUGGGCUUUGCGCCUGAUACCGCUCUACCUUGCCUUCACCGCAAGUAUCCUGGCACUCUUUAUCGUCAUUGAGGCGCCUACUUCAGAUUCCCUUGAAGAGUUCGGGGCUGGGAAGGCUGUCGGUAUCAUCCUGGGUGUCUUUGCUGGGGCGCUGAUCAUCGCAUACGUCUUCUUUCUUCCGUACUUUCACCGACGUCUGGUGAAAGAAGACUCUCGCGUCAGAGCUCGCCACAUACCAUUGGGCCCCUUGUUGUGGCGCGAGGAUCCUCCUCUCUACUGGCCGGCCAAGGAUGGUGAGAUUGUCAAGGACUACUACGCCAAAUCGCAUAUUGUUCGUCAAAACAGAUCCGACGGCUCCUUACCCACAGACAGCCCUGUCAUCGAAGCCAACGGAACUUCUCUUGGGAAGCCGGGCGAAAAUCCUUCAGUGAUGGAGAAGGGCGGCCCUGCUCCAGCAUCUGUUAAGAUCAUCGCCAUUCCUCCUGAGCCAGAGGAACGCUUCCUUGCGCCGACAAACCAUCUACCAUGGUACAAACCUGCUCGUAUCUGGUCCAUCGUCAAGUACGUUCUGCUCCAGGGCGUGACUCGGGACUGCGUCAAUUAUCACUCAGAGGCCCUAGCCAAGACGCAUGCCCUGGCGAAGGUAUACGACAACCGUGUCGAGCAUCUCUGGACAUACGCUCAAGUUGCUUCCGCGAUGAUGAUGUCCAUUGCACACGGCUCGAAUGAUGUCGCCAAUGCGGUCGGGCCAUGGGUUGCGGCGUAUAAUACCUACCAGAAUGGCAUCGUGGAGGCACGGGCAGACACGCCCGUCUGGAUACUCGUCGUGGCGGGAGCUUUGUUAGGUCUCGGCUUUUGGUUCUUCGGCUACCACAUCAUCCGCGCAAUGGGCAACAGGAUUACCCAGAUGAGCCCCACGCGUGGAUUCAGUAUUGAGCUGGGCGCCGCCAUCACGGUUUUGGUAGCAUCGAGACUGGGCUUGCCCAUCAGCACUACACAGACGCUAGUCGGUGCAACGAUGGGCGUUGCUCUCAUGAACUACGAUUUGGGUGCUGUCAACUGGAGGCAGCUGGCUUGGAUAUUUGGCGGAUGGCUGCUCACGUUGCCAGUGGCUGGACUGAUUGCAGGGCUUUUGACGGCAAUGGCGCUCAAUACGCCGCAUUUCUAG